GGAAUGAAAACGAAAGUAAUGAUAAUAACGAAAAUGAAAUUGAAAAUGAUACAAAAAGUGAUAAUUCAGAUUCUAUUAAGUUCAAAGAUGAAGAAAGCAAUUCAGAAUCUGAAUCUGAAAGUGAUAGUGAUAAUAAUAAGGAUAUUUUGGAUGAGAUCCCUGUAAUGAUGGGAGACUCAUUAGUUGAAACUGAAUUGAAUGUUAGUACUUUAAAGGAAGAAAUCCAACGACUACUACAAAAAGGACUAGUUGUGAAAUCCUUUAGCUCUUGGGCUUCCUCAGUAGUU